CUGAGCUAGCUAGCUUACAAUCGUGUAUGACGGAUCGUUGUAGCGUGCGUGUCAGAGGUGUGAAAACGUUCACGGCUUUAUAUAAACGCUGUUGCAGAAACAUACUUAUCAACUUGAGGACAACAGUGAUACAGCGAAGUAUAAUGACGAUGCGGAACUCAUUACUGGUGUUGCCUGUCCUGCUGGCGUUUGUUUGGAUGUCAGAAGCAAAGAUUUUCAUUCUCCAAACUGAUUUCCAUCGAAACAGAGAAAAUCACCCUGUGUGGGACCUCACUAACUCUUCAGAUGGAACGGCUGUCAUCCUUGAACCUAACAAGUAUCUUUCCGUCAAUUUUUGUCUACGACGACGUACUAAGGUCCGGUUGACCGACUUCCGGUUCUCUAAUGGAAAUAACAGUGAGAUUGUUCAAGUCAAGAUUGAUAAUACACUGAUGGGUUUAUUUGAGUCUGCCACAAAUCCUAAGCGGAGUUGGAACAUUUUCUUUUCAACUGGAACUUUCCCUAGAGUCCCUGACCUUGCGAUAGGAUGGCACAAAUUAACAGUAUCGUUCAAUGGUACAGCAGAUGGGUUUGCAGUGGAUCAUAUUGAGAUGGACGUAGACGAUGACAAAAUUACAAAAGAUAUCCUAUCAUGUGAACUCACCUGUAUCCCUGACCUCAGUUAUCACGUUCGACAGAAUGACAUCCUUACAGAGGCUUCAUUCAUUGUGCAAGAAUCUUACAAAACUACCUGUCCAGAGGUUGAUAACAUCAACGUGCCCAUUUUCAAUCCUUCUGUUCAAGAGUACGAAAUAACUGCCGCCUUACCGCAAUAUCGCGCCUUCUCAAACUGGAGAACAGAAAACACAACCGGUUGUCCGCAUCUGUCGCCCUACUACUGGUCAUUUAACAAUAUAGAGCUCAUGCCAAACAUGAGGAAUAUAAUAGAAAUACCUAAGGCCAAAUUGUACUUUAGUCAUGGUGAGGAUGCUUUCUCUAAGGUGGCGCUUUUGAUGCUCGUGUCUUUUAGACUCGAAGGCAAAUCGAAGGGCAUGGUCGAUAGUGAGAUGGGAACAAUGCUUAAGAUCAAGUUUUCACAUCUUACCUCUGACGUUAGGCUAACCUUCAGAUACAAGGGGAGACUACCUGGAAUUUCAAACCCGGAAGUUAAACACGUGACACCAUUGCGUUCUGAAACUGAAUGGAACACUCGUGACUUCAGCUGGACCGAUGUAGACUACAACGUCAUCUUAGUUUACAUUUCAUCAAAUUCCAGCAAACCUCUUCAUCUGGAACAUUUAUUUUUAGAACGCCGACCAAUGCUGCCUGACCAAGUUAAAAGCAUUUAUAAAGGAGAUGACACAAUUAUCGAAGCCGUCUUCAGUGAUUUCUGGUGGCUAAAUCCAGAUGCUAUGGCGGUUCAUUUGUCUACUGGAGAGGUCUACAACAAUGUGUCAUACUUUCGAAUAUACAGACCGAUUCCAUGGAAUUCUGGCUAUGCUCAAGUGUUUGUUCUAUACCAGGAUGGCAAUGCACGUCUUCUUCCUGUACCACCAGAGGGUGUAGACUGGAUUCCGUUUGGAUCGUCUGUAAUAAUUGGUCAAACAGACCCUACGGUUGUCCGACCUUUUGCUUCUAUCACCGAUACUUAUAUUGAUGUUAACACUCUCGGUAUGCAUCUUCAAUAUAAAGAUGGCGGAUCAUGUCGUCUGACGAUGCUCAGCAGUCUAGCUGAAACACGUGUAAUCGUUUCUGAUGUGUACUUCGCCAGAAAUCCUAUACUGUUUCCAUUCACUACAUUUAGAUCAAUGUACGUUGCCGAGGGAAACUCAGAUGUCGAUCAUAUAAAGAUUAAUGGUAUCUACACAAGACAUAUCAUGGAUGACUUCAAUGCGAUGAUGGGUCGCAGUUUCGUAUUUCACCGGAAGUGCAUGUCGCGCCAUCUUAAUCUUAGUCCUGAUAUUUAUAUUGAUAUACGAAGGACACGAAAUGGCGUUGCCAAAGUUAAGUUAACGCAGUCUCAUCCAUUCCAAAGUUUAUUACAGCGAAUCCAGAAUCAUCGGUAUCGCCUGUGGACCCCACGACUGCGGAGCUGAAAUUCUGUUAACAAACAUAACUCACUACUAGUCUCUGUAUGUUGCAGAUGACUCAUGCGCUGUUUCGGAAUACUGCUCUAAAAAUCUGAACUAUGAAUGAAAUGGUUGUCGUGUCCAUAACGCUGACAUGAGCUAUGAACGGAGGAAGUAUAUCAUCAAUUAAAGAUGAAAACGCAGAACUGAGGAACAGUGUCCGUAUGUUUGCAUGGCGAAAUUGUACAUUUGAGCAUCUGUUUAAUCAAAAUCGAUCUUGCCAGAUUCGCUUCUAUGUAUUUUUUUAUAACUUUCAUUAGAUUUAAUUAGUAUUGCAUGCGUGAUCAACAUUAUUUAAUUAGCAUAACUAUAAAUUAUUAUUCAACUGUGUACAAAGUUUACAGAUGAACAUUCAUUAUUCAUUCAACGUUGAACCUUAUCAUUUAUCAAACCAAGUUAUAAAAUCAUUUAUCAUGUUAUUUCCGUGUUUAACUUGAUGAUUUUUGUUAAUUUAUUGUCAUUAACAUUUUAUUAAAAAAAGUAA